AAACUGAUAAGAUUGAAAUUGAUGAUGAAGAAAUAGACCAAAUUGAAGAAAUUAAUGAAGUUGAUAAAACUGAUAAAAUUAUCGAUAAUGCUAAAGACGAAAUUAAAGAAACUAGAGCAGAUGAGGAAUUUGAAUACAUCGAUUCAAACAUGUACUUUACAGGUGAUAUGUACGAUGUACCAUUAAUCGAUGACAUUGAGGAAGACCCA